AUGUGGAGCUGCUCCAUUUGUAGUAAAUCCAAUUCGGUAGACGCGACCUACUGCGCGGUAUGCCUUUACUCGCGUCCGAUGGAUAGGCACGGCGUGCCGCAAAUCUUCGCCGGAUAUGCCAUUCACUUCAAUGGCGUAAUUCCGCGGACGAUUUUGCAUCCCAGCCAUUCCAUCGAGUGGCGUAUGGUCGAAAGACAUGGCGCGGUCUGUAUUCCUAAAUUCGACCCGGUCACCGUGAAUCUGCUGCUUUAUCGCCAGGGCUACGAGCGCAGUGAGAAGUGUCGGUUAUGCGUAGAAUACCACACCCACAUCCCGGCGGUACCGAUUACGUGGAUGAUGGAAUCGUUGAUGCAAUCGCGGCAGAUCCGUCCAGCGUUAUACCGCCUCAAUUCCAUUCCAGCCUUGGCGGGCUCCUCCAUGAUUGGAAAUGUGAUCCCUCACCAUAAUCAUCCAUACUACCACCUCAACAAGGGCGACUACGCGAUUCCGACAUCCUUUCCUAGAAAUAAUUCACUCAAUUCAAUGACCUUUCCUAGUUCAGCGUCGAGGAAUGGAAGUUUUGAUUCAAAGCUCCACUUGAAUCCCGUCGGGGAUGUGAAUAUGCCGUCCCCUUUCGAUGUCGACCCGCCACUUUUCACCAAUGUGGGGGUGUUUGAUGCCGUUGUCGGCUGUACGGAGCGCGCGAGCCACGCCCACACCGUGAUAGAUACCACCAAAGAUAAUUCUAUACCAGGGGCACGUAAAGGCAAGCCCGAAAUUCACCUGAUCCAAUGUAUGCAGAAGCAUAAUGUUAUUAAUCCGAUCCUUUUUACUGGAAUAAGGGCCGUCUUAUCGCCUUCAUUGGAAAAAUGCAAGACCGUUUUGAAGGCACUCCAGGCCUGUGGGGCGACUGUCAUGAGUCCUUGCGCUAAUCUUGAACAGGCGCUUCGAUCCGGUAUCACUCAUAUCAUUUACUCCCACGAUGAUAAAAAGUCCGACUUUAUGAUCGCCUCUGCCUAUUUGAAAUCAUCAGCGUUUCAUAAUGUACAGUUGAUCCAAUCAAAUUGGUUAGAAGAUUGUUUAUUGGUCGGAGAAAGUAUUCCCGCAUAUGGAAUGUAUGUACCUACGGUGAAACUCAUGGAAACACUUAAUAAAAAAGGUGCGAAAAGGGAUAUCAAGCGAUAUCUUGUUAGUACAAAGUAA